AUGGAAAUGGUGUAUUGUCCAGUUAGGAGAUGCUAUUAUGAUGAAUCUUUGACGGUUCUUGAGGCUGGUAUACAACUUGGCAGUGCUUUGAAACCUGUAUCGGGGUAUAAAUUAAAGGAGACAACCGGAAGUGGUAUAUUUGCAGCUGGCGAAGAGAACGGUUCAGAAGAGACUGAUGAUGCAACUCGCACCCCAUCGAACCCAACUAGCAUACGUGUCUACCAGCAAGCGGUUGCUGGGAUUAGUCACAUUUCAUUUGGUGAAGAAGAAACUGUGUCUCCUAAAAAGCCAAUCUCCAAAGCUAAGCAACGGGAGCUAAGUGGCACGAUGGAUAGUGAAUCGGAAGCAAGGUUGAAGAAACAAAUUUCGGAUGCAAAGAACAAGGAACUUAGUGGUCAUAAUAUUUUUGCAGCGCCGCCUGAAAUCCAACCCCGCCCGUUGGCUGCUCGUGCAUUGGCUUUAAACGAAUCUAUAACCAUCGGUCAACCUGCACAUAAUGUAAGGUUAGCCGAGAAUCUUGAUGUUGAUAUUAUUAGAGUAUACAGAGGUGGUUAG